UUCGAACAAGAGAGAAAUCAGCCCACUACGCAAGGUCUUGAACCAUUCAUUCCUGUGAAUAUCCUAUCUUCUUCUUCUAUCCAAACAUCUUACUAGCACAAUUUGCGACAAGCAUCACCAUUGCCACGCAAGCACUGCCCAAAAUGCCUAUCUACCUAAUCUCCAAAGCCGCGGAUCCGAUAUUCGCCUUCGCAAUAGGCACCUCCGCCGCCCUCCUGCGCAUUCAACGCGAACAGCGCGAGAAAUUUCCCGAGCGGGCUAAGGACAUUAGCAUCGGGAACGUGCUCCAGCUCGGUGCGAGUCGCGUACAACGCUGGUGGGCGGGUGAUUUUCAAGGGUUGUGAUUGACCGCAGGAUUGGGUCCUCUCCCUCUCGCUUUCUCCCACCGACACUUCUUGUGACCGAGUCAGGGACCUGACUUGAAAGCGUGUGCGAGAAACUGUGCAGAGUCGGGCCGAAUUGGGAGCAGGGUGGUCAGAUUACGCCUUUAUCGACAUCAGACUACUGACUCUGAUGGACAAAUUGUAUAUAUAUUUGUGUACGUAGAUAUUUGCGUGGCGUUGAUUGGGACGGUUUUUGAUUUCCAGGCUGAGCCUACAUUGCCUAAAUGUGUCUCACACAAUUAAAUAGCAGG